AUGGAUAAAUAUAUUAUAAAAAAGGCAAGUUCAAGUAAACGGACAAUUCAGGAGGUAGAUGAUGAUACUGCAGAUGACAUGGUUUCCCAUCAAAAUAUAGACACAUCCUUGGAAACGACGGAAACAUCAGAGCAUACGUCACAAGAAACAGUAGAAACUUUACAAAAAUUGUAUUUAUUUAAUGGGCAAUUCUUUUCUAUUGUACAUUGUGACGGAAUUAAGUUAGUAGCACAAUGUAAAAACUGCUCAAAAGUAAUUCAUGGUCAAAAAAUGUCAACCAGAAAUUUCCUAAGCCACUUAAAACAUAAACAUCAGGUAUUAUUACACCAAGUACAAGAGGCUCGAAGCAAUGCAAAACUAUCAAAUAAAACAAAUGUACUUAGUCGACCAACCAAAAAACUUACAAAACAACAGAUAAAUAAAGUAGUGUUUGAUUAUAUCAUUGAUGAAAUGAAACCUCUAGUUACAUGCGAAAAACCUUCUUUUCAAAAGUUAAUCAUGGAAUUGUCUGGAAUUACUGAUACUGCUUUAUUACCAAAUAGAAAACAAUGA